AUGUGCCCUGGGGCUCUGUGGGUAACUGUGCCCCUGCUGUCCCUCCUGGCCUGCUCCGUGCAAGCAAAGCCGCUGGAGACCUGGGGACAUGCGUCUGCUGGAGGCAGUGCCCACAGCUUGCUAGGGGAGCCCCAAAGGAACCAGGACGAGGGUGCCUUCGACCUGAAGAUGUUCCUGGAGAACAUGAAAGUGGAUUUCCUGCGCAGCCUCAACCUAAGCGGUGUCCCUUCCCAAAACAAAACCAGAGUGGAGCCGCCGCAGUACAUGAUCGACCUUUACAACAGGUACAUCACUGACAAAUCGUCCACCCCGGCCUCCAACAUCGUGAGGAGCUUCAGUGUGGAAGAUGCUGUCUCUGUAACUGCCACAGAAGACUUCCCCUUUCAGAAACACAUCUUGCUCUUCAACAUCUCCAUCCCCAGGCAUGAGCUGAUCACCAGGGCUGAGCUCCGACUCUACAUCUCCUGUCAAAACCACGAGGACUCAUCUCAUGAGCUGAAAGGAAGCAUGGCCAUUUAUGAUGUUCUUGAUGGAGCAGAUUCCUGGGAUUGUUCUUCGGGGACCAAGACAUUCCUCAUGUCCAAGGACAUUCGGGAUGAGGGCUGGGAGACCUUUGAAGUCUCCAGUGCAGUGAAGCGAUGGGUCAGGGCAGACUCUACCAAGAACAAAAAUAAACUGGAAGUAAUAGUGGAGAGUCACAGGAAGGGCUGUGACAAGCUGGACAUCAGUGUUCCCCCAAGUUCCAAAAGCCUGCCCUUCUUCGUCGUCUUCUCCAAUGACCGAAGCAAUGGGACCAAGGAGACCAGGCUGGAGCUCAGGGAGAUGAUCAGCCAUGAACAGGAGAGUGUGCUUAAGAAGUUGUACAAGAAUAGCCCAGUGGAGGGAGACGAGGACAAGGAUGAGGAGGAGGAAAUUGACGGCCAUGUGGCCACAGGAUCUUCUUUAACCAGGCGGAAAAGGAGCGCUGGGGCCAGCAACCACUGUCAGAAGACCUCAUUGCGGGUGAACUUCGAGGACAUUGGCUGGGACAGCUGGAUCAUCGCGCCCAAGGAGUAUGAUGCAUACGAGUGUAAAGGCGGCUGCUUCUUCCCCCUUGCUGAUGAUGUGACCCCAACGAAGCACGCCAUCGUGCAGACUUUGGUGCAUCUCAAGUUCCCCAUGAAGGUUGGUAAGGCCUGCUGUGUACCCACCAAACUAAGCCCUAUCUCGAUUCUCUACAAGGACGACAUGGGGGUCCCCACCCUGAAGUACCACUAUGAAGGGAUGAGUGUGGCAGAGUGUGGGUGCAGGUAGUGCCCGC